AUGUCUCUUCAGUACAAUAAACCGUAUGAGUUGAGAACCACAUCCAUCCCCCAAAUCGGGGACCGAGAGCUCCUCGUCAAGAUCCGGGCAGCUGGUUUCUGUCACUCAGACUUACAACCAGCGGGUAUUAUUGUCCAGAUUGGCAAAAAUUGCGCAGCAGACAAAUGGCAAGUCGGGGACAGAGUCGGGAUUUUGAACUUCAAGCGAGCAUGUUCGAAAUGCGUCGGUUGUGUCUUGUCGAAACGUGAAUACGGCACUUUGGACCCCAGGUUCUGCGACACGCGGGAGAUGGCCGGUUUCAAGGACGACGGGGCGUUUGCCGAAUACAUGGUGGCCGACCCGGAAACGACGGUGCAUUUGCCUGCCUCGCUCUCCUUUGAGCAAGCAGCGCCAUUGAUGUGCGCUGGUGUAAGUCGUGGCUACGGUAUGGGGGCACUAGAAAAGGCCACAACGGGAUUGAAGUCGGGCGACACCGUCGCCAUUGAUAGUCGACCCGAAGGCAGACGACUCGCCAGUGAAGUUCCGAGCUCUAACUUGACGCCAGACCUGGUGAUCGACUCCACGGUACCAGACGCUUCGGCAAAAAUACUCGAAUUCACCAACGGAGAGGGUUUGGCCGCAGCGGUUGUGUGUACUGAUUCCUUGUCUGCGACUGAGUGGGCUUUGACACUUUUGCGCAUUGGCGGCACUAUUAUACUGCUUGGCUUGCCCCCGCAAAAGUCGCGCUUCGAUCCAGAGAUUAUUGUAUUUCGAGAGUUGGUCCUGAGAGGAAGUUAUGUUGCUAGUAGAGAAUCGACGGAGAGGAUGAUGGCUAUGGUGGAUAAGAGCGGGGUUAGGUCACGACUUACCAUCGUCCCGUUCGACGAAGUGGUGAGCAUCGUGGACGCCUACCAGGAUAAGUCUUUCAAGAGUCGAUUAGUGGUGCAGGUUUCCAACGACUGA